ACAAAAAGAAUGGAAGAACAACAGAACAAGAAAGACAUGGGCAAAUCGAAAAGGAAAGAGCUAGGAAUGUCUUGCAUGUUGAACACCGAGGUAGGGGCUGUCCUGGCCGUGAUCAGGCGACCGAUAGAUCCAACCGCUCAAUUCAUCUCUCCCCAAGAAAACUAUUUUGACUCUUCAAUCCAACAAUCCUUAAAAUCCUUAAGGGGUUUCAUUUUCAAUCCCCAUCAAGAAUGGCGAACCAUUAAUCCUUGUAUUUAUCUAUCCCCAUUCCUUGAUGUUAUACAAAGUGAUUACAUUCCAGCUGCAGCCACGGGACUAGCCCUGUCAGCUAUUUUGAAGAUUCUUAAACUCGAAAUAUUCGAUGAGAAAACUCCUGAAGCAAACGAAGCUAUAAACUCCGUUGUUACUGGGAUCACGGGCUGCCGCCUGGAGAAAACAGACACGGUUUCUGAGGAUGCCGUGAUGAUGAAGAUUUUACAGGUUUUGACAGGGAUUAUGAGACAUAAUGCUUCAGUCUUGCUCACGGAUCAGGCGGUUUGUACAAUUGUCAAUACUUGUUUUCAGGUUGUUCAACAAUCUGUAACCAGAGGAGAUUUGCUUCAACGCUGUGCACGGUAUACGAUGCAUGAGUUGAUUCAGAUAAUCUUUUCCCGAUUACCCGACGUUGAGGUUAGUGAAGGGGAGAAUUCAGAAUCUGAAACUGAUGAUGUUGAUGAAAAUUCAGGGUAUGGAAUACGUUGUGCGGUUGAUAUUUUUCAGUUUUUAUGUUCUUUGCUGAAUGUGGUGGAAGUUGUGGACACGGAAGGAUCGACAUGGCAUACAUCUGAUGAAGAUGUUCAACUUUUCGCAUUGGUUUUGAUUAAUUGUGCUAUAGAAUUGAGUGGUGAUGGAAUUGGAAAGCAUCCAAAGCUUUUGAGGAUGAUCCAGGAUGAUUUGUUUCACCAUCUGAUCCAUUAUGGGACUUGUUCAAGUCCACUUGUGCUUUCCAGGAUCUGCAGCACUGUCUUGAAUAUUUAUCACUUUCUUCGAAGGUUCAUACACCUUCAACUAGAGGCUUUCUUCUCGUUUGUGUUGUUGAGAAUUGCAUCUCCCGGAGCUUCUAUGCAACUUCAGCAGGUUGCACUGGAAGCAAUUAUAAAUUUUUUCAGGCAACCAACGUUUGUAAUUGAAGCUUAUGCAAACUAUGAUUGCAACCCUAUUUGCAGAAAUGUAUUUGAGGAGGUUGGGAAGUUGCUGUGCAAGCAGGCCUUUCCAGGGACUGGUCCCAUGACGACUUUGCAAGUCCAAGCUUUUGAAGGACUGGUUAUCAUGAUUCACAACAUUUCUGAUAACAUUGACAAAGAAGAUGAUUCAAGCACUUCAGAGCCAUUCCCGGUUGAAAUUACCGAGUAUAGACCCUUUUGGGUCGAUAAACCAAAGGAUGAUUUAGAAACUUGGGUGGAGUAUAUAAGAGUAAGGAAAGCACAAAAGAAGAAGAUAUUGAUUGCUGGGAACCAUUUUAAUCGAGAUGAAAAGAAAGGCUUGGAAUACUUGAAACAUUGUCUGUUGGUCUCUGAUCCUCCCGAUCCCAAAGCUUUUGCUUUCUUCUUCCGCUACACUCCGGGGCUGGACAAGAGCAUGAUCGGAGAUUAUCUUGGUGACCCUGAUGAAUUCCACCUUGAAGUUCUUAAAGAAUUCACAGGAACUUUUGAAUUUAAAGGCAUGAUUCUUGAUUCUGCGCUUAGAACUUAUCUUGAGACAUUCCGGCUCCCAGGAGAGUCCCAGAAGAUUCAAAGAAUCCUAGAAGUUUUCUCGGAGAGAUUUUUCGAUCAACAAUCUUCGGAAAUCUUUGUGACUAAGGAUUCAGUGUUCAUUCUUUGCUAUUCUCUCAUUAUGCUCAAUACAGAUCAACACAAUCCACAAGUCAAGAAAAAGAUGACGGAGGAAGAGUUCAUAAGGAACAAUAGAGCAAUUAAUGGAGGGCAGGAUCUCCCCAGAGAGUACCUGUCCGAGCUGUUUCACUCCAUCUCAAACCAUGCAGUCACGGUUUUUGGUCAAUCUGGUUCAGUAGAGAUGAACCCAAGCAGAUGGAUUGAAUUGAUGAACCGAGCCAAAUCGAUGCAAUCAUAUGUCCUUUGUGAUUUUGAUCGUCGCCUGGGAAGAGAUAUGUUUGCCUGUGUUGCUGGCCCAACAAUUGCAGCUCUUUCUGCAUUCUUUGAGCAUGCUGAUGAAGAUGAAAUGCUCCAUGAAUGCAUUGAAUGCCUGAUCUCUGUAGCUAGGAUAGCUCAGUAUGGGCUGGCAGACACGCUGGAUGAGCUGGUUGCCUCAUUCUGCAAAUUUACAACACUUUUAAAUCCUUACGCUUCUGCAGAAGAAACAUUGUUUGCAUUCAGCAAUGAUAUGAAACCAAGAAUGGCUACCCUUGCAGUUUUUACUAUAGCAAACAACUUUGGAGAUGCACUUCAAGGGGGUUGGAGGAACAUCGUUGACUGCUUGUUGAAACUCAAAAGGCUUAGGCUACUUCCCCAAUCUGUCAUUGAAUUUGAUGUUGCUUCCACUUCAUCAUCUGAUGUCCCAGAAGCCUUGAAAUCUGAGUCUGGAGUAAUUUUUCCAAAUCAUGAUCCUAAGCUCUUCAAGCGCCAGACUUCUGGCAUGGUUAGUCGGUUCUCCCAUUUUCUAUCACUAGAUACCAUGGAAGUGUCUAUAUCUCUGGGCAUAAGUGAAUUUGAACAGAACCUGAAGAUCAUCAAACAGUGCCGAAUUGGGCGUAUAUUUCAGAACAGUUCUAACUUACCUACUGAGGCAUUGCUGAAUCUUGGGCGUUCUCUUAUAUUUGCGGCUGCUGGUAAAGGCCAAAAGUUUAGUACUCCAAUUGAAGAAGAAGAAACUGUUGGCUUCUGUUGGGAUUUGAUCAUUGCCAUUUCUUUAUCCAACAUUUACAGGUUUCAGGUGUUUUGGCCUUCUUUCCAUGAUUAUUUUCUAGCAGUUGCUCAAUUUCCUCUAUUUUCCCCAAUCCCAUUUGCAGAAAAAGCCAUUAUUGGCCUUUUCAGUAUCUGCCUCAAGCUUCUAGCUUCAUACCAAGCAGAUAAAAUGCCAGAGGAGCUCAUUUUUAAGUCCAUAAAUUUGAUGUGGAAGUUAGAUAAAGAAAUUUUUGACACAUGCUCCAAGUUCAUAAUUCAGUCGGUGAGCAAGAUUCUCAUAGAAUACCCAGCAAAUUUGCAGACUCAACUGGGAUGGAAAUCAACCCUUCAUUUGCUAUCUGUCACAGGACGACACCCAGAAACAUAUGAUCAGGCAGUGGAGAUUUUGAUCAUGUUGAUGUCUGAUGCCUUCCAUAUAUCACGGAUAAAUUAUGCCUACUGUAUUGAUUGUGCAUUUGGUUUUGUUGCCCUCAAGAACAGUCCUCUUGAGAAGAAUUUGAAGAUCCUUGAUCUAAUGUCAGAUACAGUGAAUUUGCUAAUCCAACGGUAUAAAAUUGAGUACUCAAACCCGGGAAACAAUUAUAGUAUUGGAAGCAAUGCUAAUACUUCUUCAUUGGAGGAUAACUCAAAAGCCAUAGGUUCCAUUAACUUUACCUUGAGUUUAUUUGUCAAACUAGGGGAAGCCCUUAGAAAAACCAGCUUAGCACGGCGAGAAGAGAUAAGAAACCAUGCAAUUGCAUCUAUGAGGAGAGGCUUUCAAUUGGCUGAAGAUCUGGAACUUUCCUCCACCAGUUGUAUCAACUGCUUUAACCUUGUCAUAUUUGCAAUGGUUGAUGAUCUGCAUGAAAAGAUGAUCGAAUAUUCGAGGCGUGAAAAUGCAGAGAGGGAGAUGAGAAGUAUGGAAGGGACUCUCAAGAUUUCCAUAGAGCUCAUGACAGAUGUGUACUUACAAUUCCUAAAACUGAUUUCAGAGAAUCCAGGGUUUAGGACAUUCUGGUUAGGCGUUCUGAGAAGAAUGGAUACAUGCAUGAAAGCUGAUCUGGGAGAAUAUGGUGAAACAAAAUUGCAAGAAGUUGUACCAGACUUGUUGAGAAAGAUGAUCAGAAACAUGCAAGAGAAGGAGAUUUUAGUACCCAAGGAUGGUGAUGAUCUAUGGGAAAUUACCUACAUUCAGAUUCAAUGGAUAGCUCCUUCACUCAAGGAGGAGCUUUUUCCUGAUGAAUUGUGAGCAAAGUGGUAUAGUACUAAGGUUAGUU